AUGACUACUACAAUUCAACUCCUUGCAAAUUAUCAUAAGUCUGUUGUUGAAAAUGAUGCUCUUUGGAAUAGAUUAGAAAGAGAUCUACGGGAAAAGCAAUUAAAUGAAAGGCAACAACAACUAGAUAAACAAGACGCACAACUUGAAGGUACCAAGACAACUGUAGAAAAUGAAGCAUCUAAUUUACAGAAGGAACUAGAUAAUGGAACUUUUGAGGGUUCUGACAACAAAACUCAUAUUGAUGAUGAACCCAGAGCCAAUCAACAAAAUGAAAAUACAGAUUUAAAAUCAAAUACACCACCAAAAUCUUCAUCAUCAUCCUCUAUUAUUGCGUAUGAAACUUUAUACUUACAGAAGCGUGUGACACAACUAUCUCACGAGGUACAGAAGUAUCGCCAAGAGAAUGAUCAUUUAAUGGAAAGCCAUAAAACUACUAAGAAAGACUUGGAAACAAAAUUGAAGAAUUCAAAAAGAACCAUUGAUCAAUUAAAGAAACAAUUGGGGCCAGGUACUGAGAAUAAUAAAAAGAUACAAAAGAAAAAUUCUAGCCUGAGAGAAUUACUAAAAUCUCAACAUCGCUCUUUAUUUGAAGAUGAUGAAAAUGAUCAAGAAAAUGAAGAUUUCGUCAUUUCUAAAGAUAUUCAAACACUUUCCAAUAUACUAGAUACCAAACCAAUUACGAAAUUCCAUAAACAGUCAAGCAGGGGCAAAUCUUCUCCUAAAUCUUCGUCAAAUAUAAAGUCGAAUAUGUCUUCUAAGUCACUUACUAAGAAGAAUAUACAUUCUAAUGGACUUUUAGAUGCAAUAAAUCGUAAAGCUGAUCAAAAAACUCCAAUUAGAAAACGCAAAUUAGCUCGUAAACAGAUUGAGACAUUUGAUAUGGAUAUUUAA